AUGUACAGCGGCAGACGAUCUAUGGUGCCUUCAACUGGCCGAAGGACACCAGCAAAUAGUCGAUUUACCUUUCCAGUUUAUUCGCUUCCAGAAAUUGUCGAGUCUUUAAAAGCGUGCGAAAUUAAUGUCACAGCAGAAGAUCUGGCGCAACCACGGCAACAGUUUAUCCAGAAUCUAUUUAAUCAAAUCUUACAAGAACUAUUAGGAAUUAGCAUUACGAUAUCACAACUACAUGCUGCUGCCGAAUAUGCGGUGGAGCAAGAUGAGCACCAACAAAUCUUUAUUCGUGGAGCCAGCGGGAUUGACGACAUUUCAGAUGCACAACUUAUGCUUGCCAAUAAACCCGUUCUUUUCCGGUUUAUGCAGUCAAUUGGAGUAAGCGACUUUAGUAUUAUGGACGUGGUGAAACCAGAGCCUGAGCGGGUGCGGCGGGUUUUGUCUACGGUUGUGAAUUACGCAAAGUACCGAGUGCACAACUGUAAUGGAUUCUACGAUGCAGUAAGAGACUAUGAGGAUACAGUUAAGGAACUACAAAAUGAAAUGGGGAGGCGUGGGGAACUAGAAGAAAAAAUAGAGCAACUAGAACGGGAUGGAGAAGAGUUUGAGGAUGAGAUGAAGGUGUUGGAAGAGCAGCGAGCGACAGCCGAAGCGGAAUUGUUAAGAUACAGCAAGAAGCAGACGGAGUAUACGGAUGGACAUGUGGAGUACAAGCAGAAGAAAACGGCGCUGAUGGCGGCCAUUAAUGAUAAUGGGUUUUUGGCAGAAGAGGCCAAGGCUGAGACGGAGCGACUGCGGCCGUAUGUAAUUACGAAUCCGGAGACAGAGCACAAGGUGUUACGAGAUUUGAAUGGGAUGCUUGCUCAAACACGGGAAAAGCUUGACAAGAUUGAGCGACGGACGCGGGAACUAGAGCUUGGUGCUGUGGCCAUUAAGGCGGCUAGGGGGGAGUUAGACAAAUGUGUGCGGAUGUUGCAUGAGUGUGCUAGCGAGUCACAACGGGAAGAUGAAUCACGGCGGAAGCUUAGUGGGUUAAGUGAUCGUGCAGAGCAGCGGGGGAUUACAGCGAGGGAGGUUGAUCGGGAGGUUCAGAUGGUUGGGCGGCAGUUGCGGGCAGCUCAAGACAAGAUUGAGCGGGUUCAAGGGACUCUUGUUCGGCGGAAGGAGGAGGCGAAGCGGGAGAUGGCAGGACUUAAUGAUAAGUAUUCAACACUUGUUGCAGAGCGUAGUGUGAAUGAUUUAGAAAUGAAACGGUUGCGGGACGCAGUACUUGCGACGGAGCAGGAGAUGGCAAGCAUGAGGGCUGGGUUGGAGAGCGACAUUCGGCAGUUUGAGGCGGAAGCGCAGAGGUUAGAGGCAACUAUACUUAAAUAUAUGAAGGAUAUGGAGCGUAAGAUGCGGUAG